GGAGAGGGGAGCUAGUGUGGGUGAGGGCACCCGGGGGGAGGCCGGGUCUCCCCUCGUGGCAGAGGGAGGUGAGAGAGAGCCGGACCCCGAGGGCAGGGCCACAGGGACAGACAGCGGAGGGCACAGGACAGACAUGGGAGUCAACCUGUCCUCCCAGUCCUCCGUCACCUCGGACAGCGCCGAGCUCCCCGAGGAGGAAGGGCGGCCUGAGGAAGAGGAAGAGGGAUCGGGCCGCGAUAAGAGGACGAUCGGAGGCGGUGUUGUCAUGCUGGAAGUGACGUCAGAGGGUUUGAUAGGGCCGUCGAUGGAAACACUCACGCCGCAACAAAAGCAGGAAACAGCUGCUGCUGCUGCUGCCGGGGGCUCCUCCUGUGCAGAAGAAGGACCCCCUCUCAGCCACUCGUCUCCAGAUAGAGGAGUCGCUGACACACCAGAUGCCCGCCCAGAUCCGGAGCACGGAGGACAUCUUCACAGCAUCGGCGGGGCCCUGGGAGAGGGCGUGGGGCCGGAGAACCGGCAAGGAGCGAGAGAGGAGGAGGAGGAGGAGGAGGAGACGCGAGGAGUAGAGGAAGAGGAGGAGACGCGAGAAGUAGAGGAAGAGGAGGCGCGUGGAGCGGAGACAGCUGCCGGCCGUGAAGAGGCACGCCCCGCGCCGGGUGCCGAGCCGACCCCACGCGCCACCUUCACACCCCCCGUGUGCCCGGAGACCCCCGGAUCCACCGAGCGGGAGCAGAACCCGGGAACCGAACCGGUUCCCCUCACGAUCCGGGAGGAAGUGGAUCGCGGGGAAGCGGACAAGGCUCCGGCCCGCCAGGAGAUGAAGACGGACGUGGCAGCGGCGGCGGCCGGCGGCGGGGAGACCUCCGACACGUCCGCCUCGUCCCCGCGUGGAACCGCAGAGAACCCGGCUCCAGAUCCCGCUUGGGAGGAACGGAUGGAGAUCACGGAGGGCGGCGAGGUUCUAAGGCAGGAAGAACCGACCGAGAGCCGUGGGUCAGACAGUGGUUCCGACCCUAGCAGUGCGGACCCUAGCGGUUCUGACCCCAGCGGUUCUGACCCUAGCAGUUCUGACCCCAGCGGUUCUGACCCCAGCGGUUCCGACGCCAGCGGCCAGCAGAACGCGGCGGAGGGGUCAGAGGUCAGGGAUCAAGGAGAAGGCGUCAGGACGUCGUUAGACCGGGAGAACCCUGGAGCCUUUGAGCUGGAGGAGAGGAGUGAGGACAUGGUGGAUACCGGUGGGUGUUCGUCAGAACGCCUGCGGGAGUCUCCAACCGCUGAGGAGACGUUUGGGACGGCUGCCAUGGUUCCCAGUGCCCCCCCCCCCACCCCCGACUCAGAAUCUGCCAAGUGUGAGGACGAGGAAAACCGUCCCGAGUCUAAACAAGAAGGCAGUCCGACGCAUCAGGCUAAUGUUUCCACGAUCCACAGAGACGUCGAGGCGACCUGUCAGCCCGUCCACAGCUCCCCCCGACCCCGGACCGUGAGCCAGCCUGCUGCCGGCUCCUCCCCCUCUCCGAGCAGCAGGAGCGUGGGCGCGUGUAGUGACUCGGUCAGCGACACGGACAGUUCUCCAGGAGUCGAGACGGGAAAUGACAACGUCUUCAUUAAGGGUGAGGAGGUGUUGACGGGAGGCGACAGCACCAGUGAGGUCUCCCUGUCGUCGGGGGACGACCCGUCCAGCAGCCCGGACAGCCGCCAGGAGGCCGAGGCCCCCGGAGACGGCCACUGGGGCCCCCAGGAGCCGGGCCCCGCGGGAGCCCCCGGGGAGGCGGACGACGAGGCCCAGGACCGGGUGACAGAGGUGCUGCUGCGCCCCGGGAGACGCUCGCUGUCCCCGCCACGCCGCCACAGCUGGGGGCCCGGGAGGAACGCCGCGGGGCCCGGGAGCAGCAGCGGGGCCGACGGAGACAUGAACCACAGGAGCUACAGCUUGGAGGUCCUCAGCGGAGAGGGCGGGGGGCCAGGCGGGGCCUCAGCGCGGGGGCCCGGCCCCCUGUCCCCGCCCCCCAGGAGCUGGCAGGAGGGGGCGGAGGGAGGGGCCCGCGUCCCCCUCCGCCGGGAGCAGGGUGGUCACCGAAGAUUAUCAGAGGAGAAGUAUAAGUAUAUCCGGCCGCUGAGACACAGCUGUCCCCCCAUGAACCUCCCCCUCACCAAGUCGGUGUCCAUGAUGGCCCUGAGCCAGAGAGACCUCGACGGUAUGAGGCCAUUUUCCAGUGGUUCUUGCUCACUGGCCUACAGUAUCUCAGAGGAGGACACCGGUUCUCUACGGAGCGACAGCGAGGGUCGCAGCGGGAACAGAGUGGGCCGGACCUUCAGCUACCUGAAGAACAAGAUGACCAGGAAGAGCAGGGAGAAAGAGAAGAAGACGCUGAACGGUCAUGUUUUCAGUCCGUCGUCUUCCCCGCAGGCGACGCUCUGCGUCAUCUGUAGCAAAGCCCUCAGCGCCAAAGACUUCUUCACCUGCUCACAGUGUAAUGCUUCUGUCCAUAAAGGCUGCUCAGAGAGUCUGCCUCCUUGCCUCCGUGUCAAGAUAAAGAGCAACAGCCACAGCAAACAGCAGAAGCAACAGUUAGUCUUCCCAGAUUCUGCUUCUUUCCCUGUGGUCCCACUGAGGAACAGAGCACCCGGUAUGAGGGACCGACCAUGGUCGGCCAUCUUGUCGCCGGAUGAGCACCUGGGUCCGUUGUCACGGCGACCCGUCAUGCCUUUCCAUGGCAACCACCUUUCAAAGAGCCUGUCCAUCAGCAACAUUGCUGGCCCGGUGUUUGACGACAUGUCCGGCCCCAUCAAGAGUCUGCGGUACCUCUCCCAGUCCACGGACUCCCUGAGCAGAACCAAGCCCGUCACAGAGUCCCUGGAGUCGCUUAUAGACGAAGGGACCGAGAUGGAGGAGCGGCAGCUGAUGGAGGACCUGGAGGCGGAGGUGAAGGAGCUGGAGGCCGACUCCUGGACCUUCACCGUGGACCAGAGCCUCCUGGACACCCUGACCAAGGACCAGACCAAGAGGCAGGACGUCAUCUACGAGCUGAUGCAGACGGAGAUGCAUCACGUGCGGACGCUGCGCAUCAUGUCGGAGGUGUACGGCAAAGGCCUGCUGAGGGACGCCCAGCUGGAGCAGGCGGCCGUGGACAGGAUGUUCCCCGGGCUGGACGACCUGCUGGAGAUCCACACCCUCUUCCUCACCCUGCUGCUGGACAGGAGGGAGCGCAGGGCGGGGCCCGACGCCGUCGAGGGCGGGGCCGUGGUGCACCGGGUCGGAGACCUCCUGCUGGGACAGUUCUCAGGCGCCAGCGGGGAGUUAAUGAAGAGGGUCUACGGGCGCUUCUGUGGGUGUCACAACGAGGCAGUCAACUUCUACAAAGACCUCCUGAACAAAGACAAGCACUUCCAGGUGUCUGUGAAGAAAAAGAUGAGCAGCAGUGUCGUGCGAAGGCUUGGUAUCCCAGAAUGCAUUCUGCUAGUGACCCAGAGGAUCACAAAGUACCCGGUGCUGAUUCAAAGGAUCCUGCAGUACACUGACGAGUCCGAGGAGGAGCACGGGGAGCUGAGCCAGGCCCUGACCACGGUGAAGGAGGUGCUCGCGGCCGUGGACACGCGGGUGAACGAGAAGGAGAAGCGGCGGCGCCUGGAGGACGUGCACGCCCGCAUGGAGAGCAAGUCCAUCACCAGGAUGAGGAGCGGGCAGAUGUUUGCCCGCGAGGACCUGAUCAGGGGCCGCAGGCUGCUCCGGGAAGGGGCCCUGCAGCUCAAGAACAGCCAGGGCAGGAUGAAGGAUGUCAUUGCACUCCUUCUCUCCGAUGUUUUUGUCUUCCUCCAAGAAAAAGAUCAGAAAUAUGCCUUUGCCUCGCUGGACCAGCGCUCCACCGUGCUCUCCCUCCACAACCUGAUCGUGCGGGAGGUGGCCAACGAGGAGCGGGGCAUCUUCCUGAUCAGCGCGGGCGCCGACCGGCCGGAGAUGCUGGAGGUGGUGGCCGGCUCGAAGGAGGAGCGCAACACCUGGAUGCAGCUCAUCCAGGACGCCAUGAACGCUGUAGACAGAGAGGAUGAUGAAGGCAUUCCCAGUGAGACGGAAGAGGACAAACGACUGAUGGAGAACAAGUUCAAGGAGAUGAGAGAGGCCCUGCGUCUGAGGGACGUGCAGAUCGUGUCCCUGCUAGAGCAGAAGGUGCAGCUCUUCAGGGAGAUGUGUGAGUGCGGUGGGGCCCCGGGCUCCGGGGACGUCGCCCUGUUCCGGGCCACCAGCGGCCUGCAGCCCCUCUGUGGAGAACCCAUCAUAAAGGACGCCCUGAGACAAGUGGAGACUCUCCAGGACCUGGUGAACACCACGCUGGGAGGCCUGGCGCCGGUCGUCUCGGGGGGAGGCGGCGGGAGUUUACCCCGCAGGGCGGAGACCUUCAGUGGGUUCGACAGCCGCAAGAAUGCAGCCCGUGUGCAGUGCCAGUCGUUAGCGGUGGACCUGCGCAGGACGGGCUCAGACACCGUGCUGAAGAAGGGUGGGAAUGCCAAUCUGCUCAAACUGAGAAAGAAUAGUGAGGUGCUCCACAGCGUGUACCAGCUGCAUCACCUGCUCAGCACGCUAAAGGCCGUGGUGGUGCAGCAGGACAGCCUCCUGGAGGACCAGAGGCAGACGCUGGGCGAGCGCUCCUCCUCCUUCUCCUUCGCCUCGUCGCGGCCCUCCUCGCGGCCCAGCUCGCUCAUCGAGCAGGAGAAGCAGCGCAGCGUGGAGAGGAGGCGGCAGGAGCUGGCGUCGCUCCACAAGGAGCAGGCGGCCCACGUGGAGGAGCGGCGGCAGCGGGAGAGGGAGUGGGACGUCCGCGAGCAGCAGCUCACCGACAGGGAGGUCGUUCUGCGCGUCCAGGAGGAGGAGGCGAACCAGCUGCGGCAGGAUCUGGAGGAGGAGAACCAGGAGUUCCAGCUGAAGAAGGAGCAGUACCAGAGGGACCUGGAGCGACUCAGAGACGCCCAGAGGAAGCUGGACCGGGACCGGGAGGGGGUGCAGCGGGACCUCGACCGGCUGGCCCAGAGGACGAGCGACCCCUCCGGCACCUCGGACGACUACCUGCCCCAGCCACCAGGGGGCUCUGGUUCUUCAGAGCAGGGGGUCCCCCAGCCCUGGCCCCGGGGGGAGUCCCUGGUGCGGCCGCAGGCCCCGGCCCAGCUGCCGCCGCUGGCCCCCAGUAAGCCCAAGGGACGCAACCUGAACCCCUUCUCCUCCGGGGACGGCCAGGUCGCCGGCCGCCUCCUGCAGCUCGCCAAGAACAAGGACAAGGACAAGGAGAAGGAGAAGAAGGAGAAGGAGAAGAAGAAGAAGAAGGGGAAAGCGGGCGCAGCGCCGGGGACAGAGUCCCAGAACCUCAAUGAGGCUCAGCUGGAAGGCGAGAUUUACUUCUGUUGAGAGGAGCACAUCGCAAGGCGUCCGUGACUGGCUAACUAAUCAUCAGGACAACCGCACCCUGUCUGGCUAACCUCCAGUCUGGCUAGCCUCCAGUUUUGUUAGCCUCCUGUCCGGCUAGUCUCAGUCUGGUUAGCCUCCAGUCAUUCUAGCCUUCAGUAUGGCUAGCCUCAAGUCAGGUUAGCCUCCAGUCUUGCUACCCUCUGGUCUGGCUAGCCUCCUGUAUGGCUCAACACCAGUCUGGCCAACCCCAAAGGCCUGACAGUCCCAAAGAGUGCCUGAUUGGUACCACAGGUCCACUUAAUCCUAACAAAGUCAACGCACAGGCCUGCUAAACUAGGAUUUGGCUAGCCCCCUUUGUUGGCUAAUCCCUACGUCAGUAACCCCCAGUCCAACCCAGCACAAAGGCUACCGCCUUGUACAUCACCGAUGUACCCAAGACCCGUUAACCCUACAGGUACAGUGAAUGGAGACCCCCGAAGGUCCACGUCACUUAUGCAUUCGAUACUCCCACACCGAACGGGCUCUGGUUGUGUUCUGGGACCGCUCCGUCCGGAACACUAGAACGGUAUGUAAGAGGUUCACCUGAGCCCAGAGGACAAUCCUGACGCACGCGACACGUGUGAUGUGGACAAAGAACUGAACCGUUCAUCCCAGCCAUCUUUUGACCAACAGAAGAAAAACAUUUUUUUUGAGGAAGGUGCACCAGCGCCCUUGAGAUCAUAACCUCAUCUGACCCCAGGAAUGAGGGCGUCGUCGAAAGAUGUCCUCGAAACAAACAUGAUCUGCCUUUUUCCCACGCAAGCUUCCCCCUCAAGCACCAGGAGGCGCCGUUCAACGUUUCUCUCUGCUUCGAGACAUUUCAUGUGGAUAGUUUCCUCUUUCCGAUCGAGUUUCUGUUCACCCUGUUUUGGGCUGUUUAGGAUUUAGCCAUCUCAGAUCUGGAGCUGCACUGGUGUUUAGGGCUCUGAUACGCUCUUCCUGUGACGUUGGAAGCAAGAUCGUUUGUUUCAACUCAUUAAAAUCACUAGAGAGGCCUGAUCCUGACGGGAGCUAGUUAAAUCAGUAUGAAAAUAACAAAAUAGACCUGUUCUUGACACAUUGAUCCACACAGUGUUGUCUCAGAGUUCUAGAUUAAUAGACACUGAAACAUUGUAGUUGACCGUUAACUGAUCGUAGUCCUUCACGGGUCUUGACCUGUCGUAUUCGCCAUGCUCUCAUGUGAGGAUGUUAUAAGUGACGUAGCGGUGGGCCUGGCGGGACCAGGGCUCCAGCCCUGAUGGACGGAGGGAGGACGGUUGGACCCAGAAGCAGGCAUAGGACCACUGAUAGAGAUUAAGGGGAAAGGCAUUGGGAGAUCAAAACACAAGGACUAUGGUAUAAUUCCCUUUAUUAAUGAUAUUAUUCAUAUAAUUAUUUUUUAACAAUAUUAAGGUUAUGAUCGGCAGUACAAUCUGUGUCCCAGACCACUGACCUGCUGGACGGGAAAGAUUUAGAAAAAAAAAAAUAUAUAUAUAUAUACAGUAUAUAUAUAUAUAUAUGAUAGAUGCAUCUCCCUGCUCGUUGAUGACAGCGUCCUUGUGUUGGUUUUUUGAGGGGCGAGUGACAUUGGGUCACAUCGGGCAGGAGAGGGAGGGAGUGACAAUUCAAUGCUUUUAUCAAUCACACGGCCAGAGUUGAAUGAGAAGGAAUAGAUUCGAUACCUCGGCUUCACAAGAUAAAGAUAUGCUUGUACUAUAGGCUACCGUUUAUUUGUUUUAAAUUAUAUAAUAAAUGGCAAAACAUGUAAAUAUGAUUUGUGUACAAAGACACAAAAUCAAAUGUAUGAAGAUAUUUUAUUUGAUUGUACUGCCACAUUUUGUAAUAUUGAGUUAUUUAUGAUUGAUUGUUGUCCUUCAGGGGAAAUUCCAGACUUGUGUUUCUCUUAAAAUAAAGAUGUAUUAUGUACAGUUACA